AUGUGUAUUGACUAUCGACUUGUGAAUAAUUCCAUCCAGCUGGCUAGCUAUCCGCUACCUCUCAUCGAAGACCUGCUAGUUGGUUUUGAGAAAGCACUCUGGUUCAUGAGCCUGGAUAUGGCCAGCGACCAAGAAGUUUUGGAUUACCUGAAUCUGGACCCCCAGGAUGAUGGACAUCCAGGGUGUGGUACUCCAGGGUGCACCGGUUGUGAAGACGACCAUGUUUCUCGGUCGUUCCCGACCCUGGCGGACCAAAUGACAGUCUUCAAAAGGAACUUCCCUGCUCCAACCCAGAUGUCACCUGUCGUAGGGCGCAGCUCUUAUGUCGAUGAUAUCGCGCACGGCGCACCAACUUGGGGUGCAUUGUGUGCUGAUUUGGAUGCUUUGCUAUACAGGCUGCGGUAUUGGAAUAUCUCAGUGAGUCUGCCGAAGAGCGAGUUCGGGAAACUGCCCAUUCCGUAUCUGUCGCAUGAAAUUAGCGCUGAAGGAAUCAGGGCAACACCGAAGAUCGCCAAAGAUAUCCAGGAUUUACCGUUCCCAACUACGAUGAAAGGACCUGAAUUGUUAUAUCAUAAAUUCAUCGAAGACUACCCCGUGGUUGCGGCCUCCCUGUAUGGACUCUCGGACGACCAAGUGCGUUCAGGGCGGGAUCUAUCCAGGGCAAAGCAGGCGUUUGAAAUCCCGAAACACAAGAUCGUGUCGACCCCAGAUCAAAUCGUUUUGUUAUUUUACCCCAUGCAAAUCAAUGCGCUGCCUGUGCGAACCUGGGUCAAGAACAUGACGGUUUGA